AAUUAUUCGGAUUCGCUAAGUUCGCUUAAGUGGAGGCAAUUUGUGUGGUCACUAAUUUAUGACAAGGAUUAAAAGCCGGGCAAUAAACAGUUACGUCGAUUAAAUCAAGAUUAAUCUGUAUCCAGCCAUAUCGUUGAUAAGAAACGAAUAUUUGUCAAGAUAGUGACUACAUUUCGUGCUUUAAGUUUUGUAUUUCUUAAAGCAUAACCGGACCAAGACACGGAUAUUCUCUGGGAUAUAACGGGAUACAUUUACAUCACCUUAUCAUAAUAAAGUGACAUAACACGGUUCUACAGCGAAAUAAUUUCAACAACAUGAAGAACGGAAACCUCGGAAUUUCGCAGCAUGUUUUGGUUGAAAACCAAUUUGAGCCAGCGAAAAGAUUACCUCAAUAUAUUGCCUGUUUGUCUGCAACUUUGGGAGCCUUAGCAGCGGGAAUGGUGUUAGGGUGGACUUCUUCGGCUGGUACUAAUGGACAGGAUUUACAAGAUCUAUAUGGCUUUAAAAUUUCUGAAAAUGACUUCUCAUUGCUUAGCUCAUUAGCCAUGCUUGGUGCUGGAGCAAUGUGUAUACCUAUUGGACUUCUUACCGAUUUAAUUGGAAGAAAGAAUUCAAUGUUGUUAAUGGUGGUUCCCUUCACUGUAGGUUGGCUACUUAUCAUUUUAUCCUAUUCCGUAGCUAUGUUUUGUGUUGGAAGAUUUAUUACUGGUGCAGCAUCUGGUGCCUUUUGUGUAGCUGCACCAAUGUACACAGCAGAAAUAUCUGAAAGUUCCAUUCGUGGAAGUGUUGGAAUAUUCUUUCAACUGCUUCUUACAGUCGGCAUUGCAUUAUCAUAUAUAUUUGGAUACUUUGUAAACAUGUUUAUAUUGUCCAUUAUAUCUGCCAUUACUCCAUUAAUCUUUUUUAUAGUUUUUAUAUUCAUGCCUGAAUCACCGGUAUAUUAUUUGCAAAAGAACAAUGAGGAUGGUGCCAGGAAAAGUUUCAUUAAAUUAUAUGGUGCUCAAUACGAUAUUGAGAGUGAAAUACGAGAAAAAAAGCAUAUCAUAGAAGAAAAACGAAGAAACAAAAUUUCCUUUAUGACCAUGAUCGCAUCUAAAGUAACUUUAAAAGGUUUCAUAAUUGCUUAUGGUCUUAUGAUUUUUCAACAAUUUAGUGGUGUGAACACUAUUAUAUUUUAUGCUACUACCAUCUUUAAAGAAGCUGGCAGUAAAAUUGAACCUAGUAUCUGUACUAUUAUUAUUGGUAUAAUUCAAGUAAUAAGUGUUUUUGUAAGCAGUUUAGUUGUAGAUCGCGUAGGUAGAAGAAUAUUACUAUUAAUAUCAAUAAUAUUUUUGUUUUUAACAACUUUUAUUCUUGGAGUUUACUAUUAUCUUUUCAAUGAUAUUAAGGUAAACGUUGAAUCAAUUACCUGGUUACCUCUACUAUCUGUAUGCAUAUUUAUUAUUAUGUUUUCUCUCGGUUUCGGUCCGCUUCCUUGGAUGAUGUUAGGUGAAAUUUUUGCACCUGAAGUGAAAGGUGUAGCUGCGAGCAGUGCUGGUCUUUUAAAUUGGCUAUUGGCUUUCAUUGUAACUAAAUUUUAUAACGUAGUAUCUAUGGCUGCUAUAUUUUGGAUAUUUUCUGGAAUAUCUGCAAUUGCAAUUUUCUUUGUAUACAUUUUAGUUCCUGAAACAAAAGGUAAAUCUUUGGAAGAUAUUUUGAAAGAUUUAUAAUUGAUGAGUAUUGAGAUUUAUCUUUUAAAAAUGUUUCCUUACAAGACUAUUUAUUCAAAUUUAUAACUGUUUUGUAAUAUGCAUGGCUAAGUUGUAUUUAAUUGAACAGAAGAUCUUUCACGCAAGAAAUAAUAUAUUGAAAAUUAUAAUGAAUACUGUAUGUAAAAAUUAUAACAAAUAUAUACGAAAGAUAAUUUGUGCAUAUAAUUUUAAUAAAUGAACAUUCGAAUUUUU